AUGCCGGGCGAGCGGCGCGUGCUGCGAGCGCGGCCCAGCUUGGACGCUGACGGAGUGAAAGAGUGCGAGCAGGAAGCCAAGACAAGGUGCAUUCCUGCAGAUGCAUUGGUGGAUGGCUCUUGGCUAUGGAACGUGUGCAGAGAGAACCUAGACCUUUGCAGGAGAAUGGCCCCUCACAGGCCGUGUUGGGGAAGUGCAACUCUGACCUGGGGAUCUUUGUGCUCUGGAUCAGAAGGCCCAGCCUGGGUCAUUGCUGCCUUGAACCAACUCUUUGAGCAGGAGGGGGCUGUUGACUUCAAACUUGAGCACGUGUUCUCUUGCGAGUUGUCAGCAGAGAAACGGAAAUGGAUCCACGCUUCCUCCAUGCUCGCUGAGCCUGCUUGUGCAAGACUGGCUGCAAGGGUGAGUGGCCAUGAUGACGAUGAACUGCCCGCGGUUGAUUGGGAAGAAGUGCUUCGGGCCGCAGAUGCCCCGUGCAUUUUUUGCAAUAUCACCGACAUGGGCGCUGCCCAGGCAGAGUGCUGGGAGCACGGUCCUGGAAAGUGCCAUGUGAGAAGCGUGGACCUACUGGUCGUUGGCACCAGUUGCAAAGACAUGUCUCGAGCCAAUCCCGGUAGUGUCAGACAAGAGGUGGUGCUCAACGCGACAGAGUCUCGAGGCGGCAGCGCCCAAACUUUCAAAGGGCUGCUGUCGUACUUGGAAAGACACCGGCCUUUGAUGAUUCUUUUCGAGAACGUCGACGCGAUGGAAGAUGUGAAGGCCGCUGGCCAGUCCAACAUGGACGUGUUCUGGAGCCAGAUGGCUGCCCACGGGUACGAGGGCCAGUCUGUCUUGACAGACAGCAGCGAGUUUGGUCUACCUGCCCGCCGCCGGCGGCUGUACGUCUUCCUGGUGCGAGUGCAAGGGAAUCCUUUGCUGUCGUUUCAGGACCGCAACGUUGAUUCUAUUUUCACUACUUUGGUGGGCUGCUGUCUGGAUGUUUGCGGCAUGGACCUUGUGCAAGCAUGUGCAAGCGACAUUUUGCUCGAAGAUCACCACCCAGCAGUUCUGGAAGAGUUGCAGCUUCGAACCUGGCGCAGGGAAGAGCAAAAUCGAAGCGAGAAGCCCGCCCCAACAGGGGAUUGGCCAGAUCAGCAUAUGAAGCUGGCGCAAGCUUUGCGCUUGAGAUGGGGCCAGGGGGCGCCGCCCGAGCUUGCUUCCAACCCUUGGUUUCAAACGUUGACGGCCAGAGGGCAGGAUGCGCUUCCACUCCUGCAAGCCCAGAUGCCUGCAGAAAAGAGCAUGAUGCGAGAUUUGUCUCAGAGCAUUUUCCGAGCAAAUGCCAACACUUGGAAAACUGAUGCCCAGAAGCAUUUGGCACCCACCAUGCUUCCCAAGAUGAAUGUGUGGAUUGAGCCCGUGGGGCAUCAUGUGAAGAAAGCUCGAAUGUUGCUUGGCCGCGAGGCCCUGCUGUAUCAAGGCUUUCCGGUUCUGUUGUUCUUGGAGACAUUGCAAAAGAUGCAGCAGGACAUUGAGGCCGCUGGCCGGGCCAAGCCGAUUAUCGGCGAUGAGCUUCUGAGGAAUACUGGCGGCAAUAAGAGGCCAAAAUGGAGCAGUGACAAGCCAGAGCCUCGGGGCAGAGACCUGUUGGUUAGCUGGAAGCCGACCGAAGCGUUGCUGCAAGAUUUGGCUGGCAAUGCCAUGGCUCUGCCAGUGGUGAUGACGAUGCUGCAGUGUGCUUUUGCGUUUGUCAGUUGGCGCCCCAAGGACCUUGUCGGAACCGCGGCCGCAGCGCCAGUCUCGACCCAAGAGGCCUGGGAAGGGGAUGUUGCCGCUGCGCUGGCCGCAGUCCAGGGCCUCCACUCAGAAGAUUCGGUCGCCGACCCGGUGUCAAAACCCGCUGCCGUGAGUGCUGGAGUAGCAGUCUUGAAGCGCAAACUCAGAGAGCGCAAGUUAGGCAUUCCAGACUUGAAGAUGCAGGACGCUGCGCAAGGCUUUCGGGCCACGCAGCCCAACACGGGUGGCACCAGCACGGCCUUUCCCUGUGCGAAGCUUAGAGCGGUGGUGAAAUGCAUGCUGGCGUUAGCUUCAACCUGGGAUGAAAAUCUCGUUGCCUUAGUCGCAGCUGCCAUUGCCACCGAGUUCAAGGGGAAAGGUGCCAACGUCAUCCUCGGGCCAUCUGUGAAUGUCCACCGCGGCGCCACCGGUGGCCGGAAUUUUGAGUACCUCUCCGGCGAGGCGCAACUUUGGACGUUGCUUCGAGUGUUUUGUUUCUCCAAGAAUAUGCCCACCCCCUUCGAAAAAUUGAUAGUUUAG